GCCGCCUGCAGAAGUGCAGGCAGCCGCCCUGCGGGGACCUCAACUCGCUGUGGGCCGGUCAGCACCUCGAGUCAGAUUCAAACUUGCCACGGCCACAACGAGGCCGAAACCCAGGACGCUGGGCCAGCAGCCAGCCAGGUGCCUGGUGUGGUGAGAGGUGCCAGUGUGCCCAGAGGAGCCAUGGGCCUGCUGACUUGGGAUGCUCUGGGGUCCCUGGCCGUGGCCAUAGCCAUCUUCUUGCUCCUGGUGGACCUGAUGCACCGACGCACACGCUGGGCCGCACGCUACCCACCGGGCCCCAUGCCCAUGCCUGGGCUGGGCAACCUGCUGCAGGUGGACUUCCACGACUUGCUUUGCAGUGUUACCCAGGUGAGGAAGGUUGUGGGAUGGGGACCCCACCUGGCGGCAGACAGCGGUUGGGAGGCGAAGUCACAAGCUGGACCAGGAGCAGAGCCAAGAAGAGGCAGGUGUGACAGUGCAUUUGUGCCUGGCCUGAAGAACGGUUGGGGUUUUCCAAAGCUGCGGUCCCGCUUCGGGGACGUGUUCAGCCUGCAGCUGGCCUGGACACCCCUGGUCGUGAUCAAUGGGCUGGAGGCCGUGCGCGAGGCGCUGGUGUACCGCAGCGAGGACACCGCCGACCGCCCACCUAUGCCCAUCUACAAGCACCUGGGUGUGGGGCCGCACUCGGAAGGGGUGAUCCUCGCGCGCUACGGCAAAGAGUGGCGCGAGCAGCGGCGCUUCUCCGUGUCCACCCUGCGCAACUUCGGCCUGGGUAAGAAGUCACUGGAGCAGUGGGUGGCUGAAGAGGCCACCUGCCUCUGUGCCGCCUUUGCUGACCAGGCCGGAAGCCCCUUUAGCCCGAACGCCCUCCUGAAUAAAGCCGUGAGCAACGUGAUCGCCUCCCUAAUCUAUGGGCGCCGCUUCAAGUACAAGGACCCGCUCCUCCUCAAGCUAUUGGACCUAAUGGAGGAUGCACUGAAGGAGGAGUCAGGACUCAAGAACCAGUUGCUGAACUCAGUCCCGAUGCUCAUGCACAUCCCAGGGAUGGCCACUAAGAUCCUCCCAGCGCAGAAGGCCUUCAUGGCCCUUCUGGAUGAGCUGGUCACCGAGCACAAGAUGACCCGGGACCCAGCGCAGCCACCACGAGACCUGACUGAUGCCUUCCUGGAUGAGGUGGAGAAGGCUAAGGGGAGCACCGAGAGCAGCUUCAACGAUGCAAACCUGCGCCUGGUGGUGGCUGACCUGUUCACUGCCGGGAUGGUGACCACGUCGACCACGCUGGCCUGGGCCCUCCUGCUCAUGAUCCUGCACCCAGAUGUGCAGCGCCGUGUCCAGCAAGAGAUCGAUGAGGUAAUAGGGCAGGUACGGCGACCAGAGAUGGCCGACCAGGCCCGCAUGCCCUUCACCAUGGCCGUGGUCCACGAGGUGCAGCGCUUUGGGGACAUCAUCCCACUGGGUUUGCCCCACAUGACAUCCCGUGACAUCGAAGUGCAGGGCUUCCUCAUCCCCAAGCAUCCCCCAAUCCAGACCCCACCCAUAUCAGGCAUCUCCUGCCAGGGGACGACACUUAUGCUCAACCUGUCCUCGGUGCUGAAGGACGAGAAGGUCUGGAAGAAGCCCUUCCGCUUCCACCCGGAGCAUUUCCUGGAUGCUCAGGGCCACUUUGUCAAGAAUUCAGCCUUCAUGCCCUUCUCAGCAGGCCGCCGCUCGUGCCUUGGGGAGCCCCUGGCCCGCAUGGAGCUGUUCCUCUUCUUCACCUGCCUCCUGCAGCGUUUCAGCUUCUCGGUGCCUGCUGGGCAGCCCCGCCCCAGCGACCAUGGCGUCUUUGCCUUCCUGGUGACUCCGUCCCCCUACCAGCUCUGUGCUGUGCCCCGCUAGAGGGGGACACCAAGCCCCCAGCCCACUCUCAGCUGGGGCCCUGAUAUACAAUAAACCAGUCUGGUGGCUCCA